GCCAAGUUAUGAUGACCUUCACACGUUUGGGUGUGUCUGCUUUGUGCACUUGCCACCUCUAGAGCGUCAUAAACUCGGCGCGCAAUCUGUGCAGUGUGCCUUUAUGGGUUAUUCUCCUAAUCAAAAGGGAUUUUUGUGUUAUGAUGUCAUUGCUCAACGCAUGCGCAUUUCUAGAAAUGUGGUUUUCUUUGAUUAUCAAUAUUAUUUUCCAUGUUUUCCUUCUGAUUCUAACAGUUUUGUUCCUCUUCAUACCUUUGCUGAUGUUCCUCGUCCUAUAGAACGUUUUAAACCUGGACAGGUGUAUACUAGACGACCUCCUACUUUGCCCCCUCCCGAUGCUGAUCCUCCGCCUGAACCAGCACCAGUUACCCUGCGUCGAUCCACUCGCCUGCAUCGAACACCUGAUAGGCUGUUAAGGACAUGCGUUGGGUAAAGGCCAUGCAAGAUGAGCUACAAGCACUUCAGGAGAAUUUCACUUGGGACAUAGUCCCUUGCCCUCUUGGUGUUAAACCAAUUGGUUGCAAAUGGGUGUACUCUGUGAAGUUAAAUUCUGAUGGUUCUCUCA